AUGUCACUCAUGUCAGGCCACGACGGAUCUGACGGAAGUGCACCCAUUGAGCAAUUGAGAAAAUUCGUAUUUUCUUCUAAAAUCAACGUCAGCGGGGAAAAUAGAGAAGAAAAACUAGAAGUAGUGAUUCCUGAGCUUCUACAAGCCACCUAUUCCUUCUACACCUGGCCUUCUGCUCCUGUGUUAGCGUGGUUUCUCUGGGAAAACCGACAGGAGCUGCCAGGAAAAUACGUUGUAGAACUCGGUUCAGGAACUGCUCUACCAGGGAUAGUAGCUGCAAAAUUGGGAGCAAGAGUCACACUCAGUGAAUCUGCUACUCUACCAAAGUCUUUAGCUCAUACCAAAAGGUGUUGUCAACAGAAUAAGUUGGUUAUCAAUCAGGAUAUAAGGGUUAUUGGACUGACUUGGGGUUUAUUUUUGAGUAAUUUGGAAUCAAUUGGACCAGUAGAUAUUAUAUUAGGUUCAGAUUGUUUCUUUGAGCCUGCAAACUUUGAAGACAUCUUAGUUACUGUGGCAUAUCUUUUAGAGUCAAACAUAGAUGCUAAGUUCCUUUGCACAUAUCAAGAACGCAGCUCUGACUGGUCCAUUGAACACUUAUUAUCUAAGUGGGGUUUACAGUGUGUAGUUCAUGAUAUCAAUAAUUUGGGGGUCAGUGUUGGUUUGAAUAUUCAUGAUUUGAUAGGUGAUCAUAGCAUUCAUUUACUGGAAAUUACUAGAAAAUCUUGA